AAACUAAAUAUGAAUUCUACUAUUACCACGUCAAAUUAGUGUCUUACUAGGUACUUGCGUCUUAUAUUUGAAGUUGAGUUCUACGUUCUCACUUUUGUCCUGAAUUUUUGUUUACAAUUAAAUUUUUCUUUAAUAUUAAUCAUGAAAAGUAUUAUAUUUUACAGCAUUUCACUUUUUUUUGUCGCUUUGAUGUGUUGUCACGAUGAAGUAAAUGGAAAAUAUAUUUCUUUAAAUGUUUUGGAACCAAGAGAAAUUGAGUACAUACCAAAUUUAGCUAUAUUUGAUGAUUAUGGUUCAGAGACUAAUUUUGAAAGAGGAUAUUUCGAGUACUUGAAAAAAACAAUAGACUAUUUCAAUAAAAUAUGUAAUAGUUUCUGGAUGGAUAAUAAUAAAAAAUUAGAUACAAACACUUCAAAGAGAAUUAUCAGAAAUGCAAACACGGCCGAUAGCCCAUUGGCUCAGGCCAACAUUAUUAAGGUACAAAAAAACUUAAGCAUGACUACAGAAUCAGUUUUGCCCAGAAAUGUAACUGAAAAUCAAACACAACCACAAAUCUACUAUUCAUUAGUUACCAACUCAACACCCAGUGCUGACUUUUUGUCUGCAGCUCUCAUAAGUACAGGGCCAAUGAUUAAUAACAAUACAAAACAAAAUAUUUAUACUUACGUGAAUAAAAUCUCUUUUACAUUAUAUAGAUUGUCUACUUGGUCUGGAUUUACUACGAUUAAAAAACAUAUGAAUUUUAUAUCAAUAGCUGUUUCUUCGGUGAUAUCAUUAAUAUUAUUACUGUUCAUAAGAAUAUAUUAUGUGAAUUUUGUGAAACAUAGAAACUUACGACGUGAAAUAAACCAACAAGAAGAAAUAAUGUUGUUGUAGGAUUAAAAAAACUAU